CCCAACAUGCUGCCUGUUAAUUCUACAUUUGGAACCACCAUCAGCCAUCACAAUGUCCGAAACCGCCACCAUUCGAGUAACGCCCGCCUCUGCACACUCCCUCACAACCGCCAUCCUAACCCACUUCAACGUCCCCUCAGACCGCGCAGCCAUGAUCGCCGACUCCCUCGUCCUCGCCGACCUUCGCGGCGUCGACACCCACGGCAUCAACCGCCUAUCCGGCUACCUCGACCGCAUCAAAGCCGGCGUUCUGGACCCCAAUCCCUCUCUGUCCUUCAUCCAAAAAACCCCCGUAAUGGCGCAUCUAGAUGCCCGCAACACCUUCGGCUUCGUAGGUGCGUGCCUCGCCAUCGACAAAGCCGUCGAAAUGGCGUCGACCUACGGCCUUGGAGUAGUGGCGGUCAAUCAUAGCAAUCAUUACGGUAUGGCAGGAACUUACCUCCUCCGCGCGGUUAAUAAGGGAUUCGCGGCGUUUGCAUUUACGAAUGCGUCGAGGAGUAUGCCGGCGUGGGGGUCGAAGGAGCCGUUGUUUGGGACGAGUCCGUUUGCGGUUGGGGUGCCGGGGGGUAAGCUGGGUGACUUUAUCUUGGAUAUGUCACCUAGCGUGGCUGCGAGGGGGAAGAUUCGGAAAGCAGCUAGGAGGGGUGAGCGUAUACCUGAGUGGUAUGCGUUGGAUGCUGAAGGGCGGUCGACGACGGAUCCUGAAGCUGCACUGAAAGGGGUGGUACUGCCGAUUGGAGGUCCAAAGGGGAGCGGACUUGCUAUGAUGAUGGAUAUCUUCGGGGGCGUGCUCUCCGGAGCAGCGUUUGCGGGUGGCGUCAAUGAUCAGUAUAAGAAUCUGAAAGAUCCUCAGAACGUUGGACACUGGUUUUUUGUCUUUCGACCGGAUAUCUUCUUAGAGGGCGGGAAGGAGGAGUUGAGGACUCGGAUGGAUGUGUUGGUGACGAAGGUUCAGGAGUCCGAAAAGGCUGCUGGGGUUGAGCGAAUAUUCACGAGCGGCGAGAUUGAGGCCGAGAUGGAGAAGGAAAGGCGACAGAAAGGGAUUCCCUUCACUCAGGGCGAAGUGGAUUCUUUGCACGCUUUAGCGGAUGAAGUUGGCGUAGAUGUUCGCUUGAAUACGAUUGAAAAGUUGAAAGAAUAG